CUCUAGUUGACAAUCUCUCUUCAAUACCUAAAUCUUCUUCACUGCACUGUUAUUCUCCUCUUUGAGUCAGCUCAAACUGCCAGCCAUACUUGAAACUAAAGUUUUCCUCUUUCAUCUUGCGGUUCAAUGGGCAUUCCAAAGGACUUGUUCCUGGAACCUCCAAUUCUAGAUUUAAUCUGCAGCAUUUGCACAGACGUCAUUGAUGGGCCAAUUCAAGUGCAAUGUGCAGAAGACCAUAUUUAUUGCCACGACUGUAUACAUGACUACCUGAAAAAGGGCAAAACGUUUUGUCCACUAUGCAAAGUCGAGCUUGACGUGAACUUAUUUCAGGCUUCCAAAUUCGUGGCGCGGCAAAUUGGUCGCUUGAAAGUUCGCUGUGCGAAUGCUUCCAAGGGAUGCAAUUAUCAAGGUCCUGUGUCUGAAAACCAUUCCACUACCUGCCAAUUUCAAUCAGAGGCAUGUCCACACCAAAAGCAUGGUUGCACAGAGGUUCUCCAACGAAUAAAUUUAACGCAACACGUUCGAACGUGCGGAUUCGAAUUACUUCCAUGUCCCAAUAACUCAAAGAGGUGCAAGCCGUUCCUACGGAAAAACAAGAAGCAUCACGAUGAUACCUGUAAAUAUUUCCGGUGCGACUAUGGAGAAGAAGGCUGUAAUUUUGUCGGCACCAAAUCUCAAUGCCAGGCGCACUGCGACGGGUACUGCGGGAAAUUACAUUCGCAAAUUGAUGAGUUGGAAACGCGGGUUGCUGAAUUGACAAAGCUGUUAGAAUCAUACACAGUAUCCAAGGUAUCCGACAGGCUAGCCAGUGAAGGUCAGCACAUUCAAAACAGCCCUCGAACUCAAGGCUGGAAGCGACCACGGCUGAUGGACUCUAGCGUGAUGGACAGGGAAGACUUGUUAGAGCGAUUAUUACAAAGCGAUGAUUAUGGAUUCAAUGUAGCGGACGAUGAUCAAGAUGAUACACGAACUCCAGGAUAUCCUUUCAGCGAGGAUGAAUUGAUGGGUCUUAAUGGACUCUAUUCUGAUCAAAUCAUGGCUGAAGACACUAGCCACUCCCUUAUGAAUGAAGUAGCGUCAACGCCUCAGCGAGACGGCGCAUCCCCUAUGUCAUCCCAUUUCCCCAGUUCGCCACCCACCAAACCCAAACGAAAGGUGUCACGGUAUAAUAAAAGUGCCAGGACAGCCCUUACCCAAAAAACGUCUCAGGUAGAACCGUCCGAAGACAAGGCAUCAAGUAACGAAACAUCGGUUGCGGCUGAAACACCUGGUUCAGAGAGACGAGGGUCAACGCCGUCGCCGCCGUCGAACUUUCUGUCGCCGCCUAGUUCAGGAUCCUCUCGGCAAAAACGACCCAUGUUCGUUCUCGCAUCAUCUUAUUUAAACAAGCAUAGCUCAGGGGGCAACAGGAGUACAGCGAGCAGUCCUGAAAUGACUCACCAACCCAAAGCUACACCAUCGGCUUGGGGACAUACACCACCAGAAGACCCCAAAGUCCCCAGCAGUUUCGCAGCCGUCAUGAGCGACGUUGAAAGGAUAGCAACGGAUACGUAGCAUUGACUCCCCAACCAAAGCAUAUUAGAUGAAACACGCAUUGGUUUCAAAAAAUCUUCUUUUGUAAAUAGUAGCAGCAGGCCCAAUUUUUUUUUGUCCAAUUCAACGGACCCCAAACAAACAACGUAACCCAAAAUUUCUGUUGUCCAUGUCCAACGGUGGUGUUUCAGGAACCGGUGUGGAACUCAUUGUAUACUUGGAACCCAAUGCGGAUUCUUCAUUGACGAAAGGUGUCAAUUCUUUUUUACAACGUCAUUACACUACUGCCAGUCGCUAUGAAUGUC